AUGGGGGACCUGCCCGGCCUGGUGCGCCUCUCCAUCGCGCUGCGCAUCCAGCCCAACGACGGCCCGGUCUUCUACAAGGUGGACGGGCAGCGCUUCGGCCAGAACCGCACCAUCAAGCUGCUCACCGGCUCCUCCUACAAGGUGGAGGUGAAGAUCAAGCCCAGCACGCUGCAGGUCGAGAACAUCUCCAUUGGUGGUGUGGUUGUCCCCCUGGAGCUGAAGUCGAAAGAACCUGACGGGGAAAGAAUUGUUUACAUGGGCACCUAUGAUACAGAAGGAGUGGCCCCAACCAAGAGUGGAGAACGACAACCCAUCCAAAUCACCAUGCCGUUCACGGACAUUGGGACCUUCGAGACGGUGUGGCAAGUCAAGUUCUACAAUUACCACAAGCGAGAUCACUGCCAGUGGGGCAGCCCCUUCUCGGUCAUCGAGUAUGAGUGCAAGCCCAAUGAGACACGCAGCCUCAUGUGGGUGAACAAGGAGUCCUUCCUCUGA